AUGGCCGGUGUUCUGUAUAUCGACACAUCCUUCACGAAGGUGACCGUGAAGCCGGUCCACCCGACCUUCGGGUGUGAGGUUCAGGUCCCUGACUGGGACAACAUGGACGACGAGACUGUCCAAGAGAUCAGCAGGGCGGCAAACAAGUAUGGCUUCGUGAUCUUUCGAAACACUGGCCUCAGCGACAAGGCCCACGUCGACUUCUCCUGGAGGCUAGGCGCGCUCGACAAUGUGAGCCGCUUCAUCACUGGCGACCGCAAGCUGCGGUACGAGUACAUGGAGCUCUUUGACGCCGGCAACAUCGCCGACGACGGCACCCUGCUCGAUCCCGACAGCUCUCGUGCCCACACCAACAAGGGCAACCAACUCUUCCACACCGACUCGAGCUACAACUUCCGACGCGCGAGCUACUCCCUGCUGCGCGCCGUCGAGCUCCCGCCCAAGGGCACCGGCGGCGAGACCGAGUUCGCCGACACGCGCACCGCCUUCGUCGACCUGCCCGAGGACCUGAAGCGCGACCUGGUCAAGAACAACUACGUCGGCUGCCACACGCUCGCGCACUCGCGCAAGAACGGCUCCCCGGAGUACUUCAAGAACCUCGACCCGAGCAAGUUCCCCAUGGCGCGCCACCGCCUCGUCCAGAUCCACGAGGGCAGCGGCCGCGCCAACCUCUACAUCGGCGCGCACCUGCACCACGUCGAGGGCCUGCCCGACGCCGACUCGGCCGCCCUGCGCGACCUGCUCAACCGCCACGCCACCCAGCCCAAGUACCUCUACACCUUCCACUGGGAGCAGCCCGGCGACAUGGUCAUGUGGGACAACCGGGCGCUGCUGCACCGCGCCGCGGGCGGGUCCUUCGCCGGCAAGCACCGCCGCGACCUGCGCCGGACGACGGUGCACGACGACAGCGCCCACGCGUGGGGGCUCAACGACACCGACGGCGUCACCGCCGUCGGCUACCAGCUCACCGCCAAGACGCUCGACUCGGCCGAGAUCACGCCUGCCGCCAAGGCGGCGGCUACCGUCGCCGUUGCUGCCGUGUCAUGA